AUGGAUCGAUAUUGGUACCUGGAUACGAAGCAGGAGCAUUAUAUGCUGGCUACAAUGGAAAAAUCCUAUGCUUACGAGUAUGGCGUAUCAGACCCACACACCGGAGACCACAAAUCUCAAUGGGAAACUAAAGAUAAAGAAGGUACCGUACGUGGUAGCUACAGCCUUUUGGAACCCGAUGGCAGCACCAGAAUUGUAGAUUACGUUGCUGACGAACACGGUUUCAGGGCUGUCGUAAAAAAAGUUGGAGCCCAUGGUGUCAGCGUUGAAAGUCACGGAGGAGCUGACGAACAUGCCGAGGUUGCAGUUGCUACUCCAGCUACUCACAUCGAAUCUCACCCAACCAUCAUAGAAGAACCUGUAGCAUACAAAAGCUACGAUGGUGGCUACGAAGACUACAGUGACCUAAAGGCUGUAGUAGGUGACGUUUACACCAAACCCCUAGAAUAUGUGCAAGCUCCGAAAGCUGAACUUGUCAUCAACGUGCCCGAUCAUCACGAAGAAUAUCCCACAUCUUAUGCUCACAACGAACUUCAAUAUCCCAAAGUUUCUUUACCUGAACAGUAUUGGAGCCCCGAGUAUGUUGCACAGGAAAAAUAUGUUUUGCCUCAACAAAAAUAUGUAUUGUCCCAAGAAAAAUAUGUUUUGCCACAACAAGAAUAUGUUUUGCCUCAACACAAAUAUGUUUUGCCCCAGGAAAAAUAUGUUUUGUCCCAGGAAAAAUAUGUUUUGCCACAACACGAAUAUGUUUUGCCACAACAUGAGUAUGUUUUGCCACAAGAAAAAUAUCAAUUGUCUCAGGAAAAAUAUGUAUUGCCUCAACAAAAAUAUGUCUUACCCCAAGAAUACGUCCUUCCAGCAUCUAAACAGAUUCACGAAUAUGUCAUACCUGAACAGCACCAUGCUCAAGCUGUUCCAGAAUACCAUUCAUCUCCAAUUGCUUACCAAGUACCUCAAAAAGCUGCUUAUUCUUAUGUGCAAGAGCGUAAAUAUAACACACCUAAAGGAAAAGCUGUUUUAGUAGAAUCUCCAAAGUUUGCGUAUGCUGAAGCUCCUAAACAGUUGUAUGUGGCUGCUCCCCAUGCUGAUGGUCACUACAGUUUAAACACAGAUUAUCACUAUUGAAAUGUAUAGUAAUAUUGAUCUUUUGACUGAAUGAUUUUUUAAUUUAUUUGUGUUUG